AUGAGAACUGGAGAUGGAAGAGAUUGGGGAGAGGAAGAUAAAGUUUCCUUGGCUACAGCCCCAUGGGGAAAUCACAGAACCAAGGGAGGAGACCACGUAGAUCCCUGGAGCCUUCACUACAUCCCAGUGACUUCAGCAGAGGCAGAGAUCUGUAGUGAUGACACUAUUGGCUUCUGUGACAGUGUUCCCAGCGAACAGGACAUUGAGACAGAUGGGAUGAAGGUGUGCCAGAGACCAAAGUCAUCUGUGGUGAGGGCCAGGAAGAGGGCUUGUCUGCAGCCCUGGGUUAUUGGCCUCAUCAGCUUUAUUUCCUUAAUUGUCCUGGCAGUGUGCAUUGGACUCAUCGUUCAUUAUGCAAGAUACAAUCAAAAGAAGACCUACAAUUACUACAGCACAUUGUCAUUUACAAGUAACAAAGUAUAUGAUGAGUUUGGAAAAGAGGCUUCUGAAAAUUUCACAGAAAUGAGCCAGAAAAUUGAAUCAAUGGUAAAAAAUGCAUUUCAUAAAUCUUCGUUGAGGGGAAAAUUUGUCAAGUCUCACAUUAUCAAGUUCAGUCAAGAGGAACAUGGAGUGUUGGCUCAUAUGCUGCUGAUUUUUAGAUUUCCUUCUACUGAGGACCCUGAAACCAUCAAUAAAAAAAUACAACGUGUUUUACAUGAAAAGCUGCAAGAUGCUGUAGGACCCCCUAAAUUAGACCCUGAUUCAGUUGAAAUUAAAAAAAUCAACAAGACAGAAACAGACAACUUCCUGAACAACUGUUGUGGGACACGAAGGAACAAAACCUCAGGACAGAGUCUCAGGAUUGUUGGUGGAACAGAGGUACAAGAGGGUGAAUGGCCUUGGCAAGCUAGUCUGCAAUGGGAUGGGAUCCAUCGCUGUGGAGCAACUUUAAUUAAUGACACAUGGCUUGUGAGUGCUGCCCACUGCUUUAGAACGUAUAACGACCCAGCCAGGUGGACUGCUUCUUUUGGAGUCACAAUACAUCCUCCAAAAAUGAAACAAGCCCUCCGGAGGAUAAUUGUGCAUGAAAAAUACAAAUAUCCAUCACAUGACUAUGAUAUUUCAGUCUUAGAGCUUUCCAGGCCUGUUUCCUACACAAAUGCAGUACACAAAAUUUGUCUCCCCGAUGCAUCCCAUGAGUUCCGCCCUGGUGAUGAGAUGUUUGUGACAGGAUUUGGAGCACUGCAAAAUGAUGGUAGCAGUCAAAAUCAUCUUCGGCAAGUACAGGUGGAUCUCAUAGACACUAAAAGCUGCAAUGCACCCCAAGCUUACAAUAAUGCCAUAACUCCUACAAUGUUAUGUGCUGGCUCCUUGAAAGGAAAUAGAGAUGCAUGCCAGGGCGACUCCGGAGGACCUCUGGUUAGUCCAGAUGCUAGAGAUAUCUGGUACCUUGCUGGAAUCGUGAGCUGGGGAGACGAAUGUGGGCAACCCAAUAAGCCUGGUGUUUAUACUAAAGUGACUGCCUUCCGGGACUGGAUCACUUCCAAAACUGGUGUCUAA